ACGCACGAGUGUCCAAGCUUCAGGUCUCUUGUUCUUCUUUUUUUUCCGGUGAUUUUUCUGGGUUCUCCUGUCGAGAUGGGCAAGCGGAAGCUGGAAGGAGAAGAAACUCCCUUGUCGAAGAAAUCGAAGAAGUCGCUGGCCGAAGACACCGCCGGUGAAGAAACCAUCGUAGACGAAAACGUUCUCAGCUACGAAGACAAGGUAGCCACGUGCAAUGCCAUAUCGAAACCGAUGGCAACCGAGAAAGACUGCAAGAAAAUCUACAAACUCUUGAAGAAAGCUUCGGAGAAGGAAAACGAACUCAGAGAACAGCGGAAGAGCUCGAAAACCAAAGCCAAGCCGGCUCUCACCUGUGGAAUCAAGGCCGUGCAGAGGGCCUUCCGCAAGGGGGAGAAGGGAAUUUGUAUUCUGGCCGGAGACAUCACUCCCAUCGAUAUCUAUUGCCACCUACCGAUCCUCUGCGAGCAGCUGCAGAUCCCGUACAUUUAUGUUCCGAGCAGAUACGAUAUCGGUGGAGCUAUGGGUCUCAAGCGACAAUGUUCUGUCGUCUUGGUCCAUGCGAACGAGGACUUCGAGAAGAACUACGAUGCCGUCAAAGAUGUAAUGGAGAAGAGGUUUAACGCAGUCGAUUUCCAGAAUGUGAGUGCGGCGGCUUAAGAUACGCGUUUUGUAUAUACACUAAAAUAAUAAAACCAAGCGUUCGAUGUACU